GAGGUGCAAGAGGUCUUUCCGUUUUGGAUUCCGUCAUAGUUUAGAAACCCUAAAUAAACCCUCCAUUCCAUAGCCAUAAGUGUGAUCGGUAAAAUGGAUCGGCCGGCGAGUUUUCUCGACGAAGCUCUAAGUCUCGACGACGGAGACUCUAAUAAUCUGCAGCCAUGGAUAGGACGUGUGGUUCUGGUGGAGGAUUGCGUCGAAACUAAUGGCGCGUUCGUGCUACACCACCUAAUAAAACGGUUUCUCUCACCCAAUCUUUCGUCCUCCGAUAGUAUCGUCAUCUUCGUGGCAUUCGCUCAACCUUUUUCUCACUAUGACCGCAUCCUCCGUAAGAUGGGUUGCAACUUAGUUGUGCAAAGGGAGAAUAAAAGAUUGAUAUUUUUUGACAUGCUUAUGCUGGAGUGUCCAGAUGACGGGGUUGAAGAUGGAAUAAUUGCUUUGUACGGGAACAUUCAGAAAGCUGUGGAAGCAGUUAGUUCGUUAAACAAGAACAUUACAAUUAUGAUUGAUGAUAUUUCCCUUCUGGAGGUGGCUGCUAACGGUUCUACAAAAGAUGUCCUAGAUUUUAUGCAUUACUGCCAUACAUUAACAACACAGUUUGCGUGUACGAUAAUUACAGUUAUUCACGAGGACAUCUAUUCAAGUGCAGAUCACUUUACCCUUCCUUUACAAAUGGAGCACCUUGCAGACAUCAAGAUAAAGGCAGAGCCUUUGGUUACUGGUUUGGCAGCAGAUGUUCAUGGACAGUUGACGAUAUUGAACAAGGGAAGUAGUGACGGAUUAGGGAGGUGGAAGAGCAAGAUUCGUAAUUUCCAUUACAGGGUCAAGGAAAACAGUGUCGAAUAUUUCUAUCCAGGUGGUCGAACUUGAAAAGAUGCACACACCAUUCCAGUCGAAAAUGUUCUCUUACGGAUGGCAUGUAAGCUCUUAACAUAAACAUUUCAUAAUUUAGACUACCUGUAACUCUAAUGGUCUCUGCAUACCAAAUGUUUAAAUUCAUCAGAGACGGUACCAUCGAUUUUCUCGUUUCUGCUUCCAAUUCGUCGAUCUCCGUUUACGGCCACAUGGCAUAUUUCUAUUACAAAGUUGCCAUUUUUUAUUUUCGAAUGCUAGUUCUUUUUGCCCAAAAGGUUUUGUAACAUGUCGAAAUAUUUGAUUAUUGUAAAUACAUAU